UUACAGUCAGUCGGUGGUGAAAGAGACAAGUGGAGUUUCAAAUCAACUAUGAUAGCGACUACUUAUCAUCGUUUCACUCUGCUUCUUCUUCUUCUCGCCGUCAUCGCGAUCUUCUCCUCCUCUCAGGUUCGCGCAACCAAUGUCGGAAUCGAAUCAUUCUCCUCCCCUUUCACUACCGAUCUUGCAACGCUGCAAUCCCAAAUUGGCUACAAGUUCACCAACAUCAACCUUCUUCGCCGUGCCAUGACUCACGCUUCCUUCUCUCAAGAGAACAACAAAGCCCUCAGUAUCUUUGGAUCCCAUCUCAUCGAAACCUCUGUCUCUCUUCACCUUCUCUCCAAAGACAUCGACACAUCCUCCAAAGCUUUGACACGUUUGAUAGCAGAGGUUUCAAACGUGGAAUCCUCAUGUGCUCUUGACGGGAACCGGUUGGGUUUGGAGAGGGUUAUCAGGGUCUCUCCCAAGACUGAUGCGUCGAACUCGGGUAUCGUUUGUGGUGGGUUUAGGGCAAUCUUUGGAGCUGUUGCUACUGACUCUGGAAUGGUUGAUGAGGCGGUUAAGGUUUUCUGGAAAGUACAUGGUGAUCGAGGUGGGAGAUUUGUGUCUGUUCUGUAAAUUAGUUGUGCUUUUAGCGUCUGGUGUUCUUUCUUAAGAGACUCUCUCGUCUUUUAAGUAUUAUAUAUGGUACUACUAAUCACUUGCGUUUUCUCUUCUUUUUUUAGUGUGUUGUGUGAUGAGUGAGUGACUGAUGACCAAAAACAUAAUAAUAUUGGUUGAUGUUAUUAGGAUGUGUAAGCACCACUGCAAUGAGCUGUUUCAACUUUCAACAAAAGAGUGUAAGAGUUAAGUUUUGUGUUGAGAAGAUACAGGGCACGUUUAGAAAUUGUGCCACAAAAUGUGACAUGUGGAUCAACAGUUGUAAAUAUCUUAUGAACAACAGCGACACAUUGAAAUGCAAAGUGUUACAUGUCCUGUUUUGCGUUGAACUA